GAGCUCGCUGCGUGUCAGUCAGCAGAUAAACCCGUCAGAGCGGUGAAGUAACGCUCUAUGUAACAACGCUCCCUCCACUUCCGCUCUCCGCAGCUUCCUGCCCGGACUGCCAGCAUCGCACACAGCGCGCCGUGUCACACGGGCGGAGGGUCUCCGCUGUCUGUCUCAGCCAUGCUCUCCCGGCUCCUCAAAGAGCACCAAGCCAAGCAGAAUGAACGGAAGGAGCUGCAAGAGAAGAGGAGGAAAGAAGCCACAGCUGCUGCAACCACGUUGACAGAAGCAUUGGUAGACCAUCUAAAUGUGGGUGUGGCACAAGCGUAUGUGAACCAAAGAAAGUUGGACCACGAGGUGAAGACCCUACAGAUACAGGCUGCUCAAUUUGCAAAACAAACAACACAGUGGAUAAGCCUGGUGGAGAACUUUAAUCAGGCCCUUAAAGAGAUUGGUGAUGUGGAGAAUUGGGCAAGAAGCAUUGAGAAGGACAUGCGCAUUAUAGCAACUGCUCUUGAAUAUGUAUAUAAAGGACAACUUCAACCGUCUGCCUCCUAGGUUGCAAAUCUUCUUCUUUUUUUCU